AAGACUCACUUUGAAUUAGGUUGAGCCUGGUCAUGCUCAAGCCAAAGAGGGACAUCAAGGCCAAUCAGCGAUGUCUCUGAAAGGAGCUUUGAUUGCCUCCCUUUUGGUUCAGACAGUUACAGCAAUGUCACAAAACAUGAGCUUACCUUCAUUGCCGGACUACAACAUGACCUUUCCACCUUUGCCCCAAGACUUUAAGGAAAUGGCGAAGAAACUGAUGACCAGGUGCUCCCAGAACGGUUACUCUCCGCCCAACAUGACCGACUACUUUUUGAACAGCUCUGCAAUGCCUGAGCAGAAAAUAGGAAACCCCAUCUUUCUUUUUCCUCUACUGCUUUCCUCCCUCCCCCCGCUGCCUGGAAAUCGUGCCGUGCUGCAGCCUGACACGUCCAAACCUCCUAAGCAGGACCCAGCAAUGAACAUCACAAGGGACAUGUUGAACUGCACGAAUCUCCCAGAGAUGAUUGAGUUCAUGAGGAACACUGCGGAGAAAGAUCAUUGCUUCAUGCGAGCGUUUCUUGCUCCACUCUGCUGGGCCACUGCCCUUCAGAACAGCUCACAGCUCAGCCCGGGGCAGCUGGGGAACCUGCUAUGGGCAGCCAAACCUUUCUUGGAGGCCGCACCCCCUACCGCACUGAGCCUGCCGUCUAGACUGCAGAGUGCUCAACUAAUGGAAAUGUGA